AUGAAUGCUAACGAUGGCUCCUCUUCAAACCUGGAAAAUUCAAGCGAGAACAAAAAGAAUACGAAAAAAAAUAUCGAGAAUAAAGAUGAAAAUUCCGAAGAGAAAAUAGUGAUAAACAUGGAUAUGACAACAAAUUGUGAUAUUAAAACUCCAGAAGAAGAGCCAGACUAUUCAGAUAAUAAAAUCGAAUCAUCUUUAGAACUGCCUUUAGAACCGACCCUUCACGAACAAUUUUUGCGUAUCAAGCGGAUCGUGAAGGACGCUAUAACUGCCCAACACAUUUUUAUGAUUUAUGGCAAGUCACCGGUCAUUCGCAAUUGCAUGCUGAAAAGAGGAUGGCGCGAGAAAUUUUAUCGCAAAAAUAACGGCGCUGAUCAGCAUUUUAACGUCGAAUGCAACCCGGUAGUUUUACUGGCUGGAAUCGAUAAUUUGAAAGAGGAGCAAAACAAACGUUUAUUGAUAUCAAGAAUGCUUACCAAUCAUACUGUCAACUUCCUCUGGAACACGGGGUCCGACUGGCCCGGCUGGCCCGCGCAAGAUAACAAAACUACUGUGUUCAAUCGAUAUUGUCGAGCUGGUUUUACGUCCAAGGUGGGCUUGUGUUCAAACGUUAGACAAAUGCACUGGUAUUACGAAGCCGGAGUAGCUAACACUUUAUUUCCACGUUGCUACAAUAUAUGUCAGAGCGACCAGAUGCACGCCUUCAUCGAGGAUUUUCGACUCACAAGCUGCUUGAGUCUCUUGAAAUGGUUAGUGGACAAAGUCAACGCCAACACGGAUGAAGACAUCGUGUGUUCACCAACUGGUACGAUACCUCUCAAAGCUCUCGAUUUUGCAAUCAAAAGGUGCAACGAUUAUAUCAGUACCCAAUCGCACGAAGACAUCGAUCACGAAAAUGAAAGAGUCUGGUCUCAUCAGUGGGACCAAUUUAUUAGCUGGUAUUACCAGAUCAUUCAUGAUCGAGCUCACUUCAUUCGUACCAAUGUAUCCUUUAACAAAUAUGUUCAAACUUCAAAGCAUAUAUUAAAAAAGAUGAGACAAUACUGGCCGCAGAUAGAUAUGGAUGGCAUAAUGAAUAUAUGGAUCCUGAAACCUGGUAACAAAAGUCGAGGACGCGGUAUUGUUCUAAUAAACAAAUUGGAAGAUGUGAUGAUAAAAGUAAAUCCAACAGGCAAACUAGAGACACGAUAUGUUGUGCAAAAGUACAUCGAACGGCCAUUACUGAUUCACAAUACAAAAUUUGAUAUAAGACAAUGGUUUAUCGUGACGUGCGCUCAACCUUUAACUCUUUGGAUGUACAGAGAGAGUUAUCUCCGCUUUUGCUCGCAAAAGUUUAGUCUGGAUGACUUUCACGAGUCGAUACAUCUGUGCAAUCACGCGAUUCAAUGCAAAUAUAAUAACUGCGGCGACAGGGAUCCCGCUCUACCCACGGACAAUAUGUGGGACGCCACGACAUUCAAGGAAUUUCUCAAGUCUCAAGGUCACGGUAAUGCAUGGGAUGAGCUAAUCUAUCCUGGAAUGAAGCAAGGUUUAGUAGGCUCGUUAUUAGCUAGUCAAGACGCUAUGGACCGACGGAAAAAUAGUUUCGAACUUUAUGGCGCCGAUUUUAUGAUCAUGGAAGAUUUUUCUGUAUGGUUGAUCGAGAUCAACAGUCAUCCGGACAUGAGCUAUUCCAGCAGUGUUACUACGCGAUUAUGUCGACAAGUGAUGGAAGACACCAUUAAAGUCGUGAUAGACUUUCGAGAAGAUAACAGUGCGGAUACUGGAGAUUUUGAGUUAGCAUACAAGCAACGAAUACCGAACUGCCAGCCGUAUUUGGGAGCCGCUUUGUCACUUCAGGGUACUCGUCUCACCACUUACGAAAAGAAAUUGAAUCAGGAUUCCAAAACCAGCUUAGUCGCGAAGUCUCCGAUGAAAGAAUUUCUUAAAAAGAAGUCGGUAGUACACAUUCAUAACAACAUUGGACCAGCAAUCGUUGAUCUUAUUGAGGAAAUAGAGAUUCAGCUUGAUCAAGAAUUGUACUCUUGUUAUAACACGGACUCGUCCAAAUCAAAACUGACAUUUCUGGUGACACCGUCUACGAAGCCUUCAAUUUCUAAUGAGAAAGUAGAAACCCUCACAAAAAGCACUUCGGCAAACAUAAAAUCUAUCAAUAAGAUAAAGUCACCAACUUUGUCCAGAACUAACAUUCAGAAUAAUGAGUGUAAACCUUCGAGAAAUGGGAAAAGUUCUCCACAUAAAUCGGCACGAAAGUCACGCACAUUCGUCGACUCUGCAAGUAGCAAAUUAGAUACGUUCCCGACGAAACCGUCAUUGAUAUCAAAAAUCAUAGCUCUUCAGGAGCAAUCGGCAAAUGUGAUGCCUAAAUCUGAAAAACCAUCAAGGAAAAAUGAAGAAAAGAUCAUCAAAACUGCUAUGCGAGAUGCCAUGAAAAAGUACAAAAGAAACGUGACGACUUCGCCACAAAUAUCACCACUGCCGACCUUACUUACGCCAACAAUGAAAAUCACCUCCGCGUCGACGAUUAAGCAUAAGAGCUUUCCGAAGAAACGAAUGCAUCAUAAGAAAAAAGUUCUAGGGGAUAUUACUGAUAUGUACGCUAUCGGCUUAGGUCUGACCAAAUAAUCGGAAAGCCUAUUAACCGCUGUUAUUCGUUAUCUUACUCUUUACUGUUGAUCAAUUCUCGAAUUCUAUCUACACAGGUGAUAUAUGUAUACAAUCAAUAAAUGUUAUCAACAAUA